AGCUGGCGGCGCCCGGGCUCAGGGCCGAGGCUGUGGCAGCAGCUGCAGCUGCGGCGGCGGCAGCAGCGGGAGGAGCUGCUGCAGCAAAGGCGAAGGCUGCUCCUAGACGCGUCCAGGCCUCGCGGUCGGAGUCCCAGCCCGGAGGCGCCGGGCGGCGCGUUGGGUGGUGUUGCUGCCCGCCCGCCGCCGCCCGGGCCCCCGCUGCCACCCAGGCCCCCACCGCCGCCCGCUCCUCCUCCAACCUCACCGCCCGCGUGUACGCCCCAGCCUGGACGCCGACCCCGGCCGGGUCUCCACUUCUCAGCCGCUUCUUCCGCGACAGUGCCCGCUCGAAGAUGGCUGCGAAGGGCGCACACGGCUCCCACCUGAAGGUGGAGGGCGAGCUGGAGCGCUGCCGCGCCGAGGGCCACUGGGACCGCGUGCACGAGUUGGUCCGGCAGCUGCAGACGCUGGUCAUGCAGGGCGGCGGAGGCAGCCGGCGAUCCAGCCCGAACCCCUCGUUCACCGCUCAGGACUCGGAUGACUUUGGGAAAUUGCUCCUGGCCGAGGCCCAACUGGAGCAGUGUUUGAAAGAGAACCACGCAAAGGUAAAGGACUCCAUCCCUCUGCUGGAGAAGAAUGAGCCAAGGAUGAAUGAAGCCAAAAACUACCUGAGCAGUAUCCUUAACCACGGGAGGCUGUCACCACAGUACAUGCGUGAGGCCAUGCUGAUCCUGGGCAAGCUGCACUACAUGGAGGGCUGGUACCGCGACGCCGUCAGCAUGUACGCGCGGGCUGGGAUCGAGGACAUGUCCAUGGAGAACAAGCCUCUCUAUCAGAUGCGGCUGCUGUCCGAGGCCUUUGUCAUCAAAGGCCUGUCCCUGGAACGCCUUCCCAACUCCAUUGCUUCCCGCCACCGCCUGUCGGAGAGGGAGGAGGAAGUGACCGCCUGCUUUGAGAGGGCCUCCUGGAUCGCCCAGGUGUUUCUGCAGGAAUUGGAUAAGACCACAAAUAACAGCACGUCACGGCAUCUGAAAAUCUCUCACCCGGUUGACUACGAGCUCACCUACUUCUUGGAAGCUGCCCUCCAGAGUGCUUACGUGACAAACCUGAAGAAGGGGAACAUCGUCAAAGGCAUGCGAGAGCUCCGGGAGGUUCUCCGGACUGUGGAGACCAAAGCAACUCAGAACUUCAAAGUGAUGGCGGCUAAGCAUCUGGCAGGGGUUCUGCUCCAUUCCCUGAGUGAGGAGUGCUACUGGAGCCCCCUGUCCCACCCGCUGCCUGAGUUCAUGACCAAGGAGGAGAAUUCCUUCAUCAUGCAGGCCUUGCGGAAACCUCACCUCUACGAGGGAGACAACCUCUACUGCCCGAAGGAUAACAUAGAAGAAGCCCUCCUGCUCCUUCUCAUCAGCGAGUCCAUGGCAACUCGGGACGUGGUGCUGAGCCGGGCACCAGAGCAGAAGGAGGACCGGGCAGUGAGCCUGCAGAACGCCGCGGCCAUCUAUGACCUCCUGAGUAUCACCCUGGGCAGGAGGGGGCAGUACGUCAUGCUCUCGGAGUGCCUGGAGCGCGCCAUGAAAUUUGCAUUUGAAGAAUUUCACCUCUGGUACCAAGUGGCCCUGUCCAUGGUGGCCUGUGGGAAGUCAGCCUACGCCGUGUCGCUGCUGGGCGAGUGUAUGAAGCUGCGGCCCUCGGACCCCACCGUGCCCCUGAUGGCCGCCAAGGUCUGCAUCAAGCCCCUGCACUGGCUGGACAAGGCGGAGCACUUUGCCAUGACGGUGAUUGGCCUCGGGGAGGAAGCCGGGGAGUUCCUACCCAAGGGCUACCUGGCGCUGGGUCUCACCUACAGCCUGCAGGCCACCGACGCGACUCUGAAAUGCAAACAGGAUGAAUUACACAAGAAAGCCCUGCAGACCCUGGAGAGAGCCAAGCAGCUGGCACCCGACGACCCCCAGGUCCUCCUCUAUGUCUCCCUGCAGCUGGCCCUCGUCCGACAGAUCUCCAGCUCCCUGGAGCAGCUGCAGGAGGCCCUGCAAGUACGCAAGGAUGAUGCCAACUCCCUCCACCUGCUGGCGCUCCUCCUCUCCGCCCAGAAACACUACCAGCACGCCCUGGAUGCCAUCAGCAUGGCCAUCACCGAGCACCCUGAGAACUUCAGCCUGAUGUUCACCAAGGUAAAGCUGGAGCAGGUCCUCAAAGGCCCAGAGGAAGCCCUCGUGACCUGCAGAGAGAUGCUGCGGCUCUGGCAGACCCUGUACAGCUUCUCCCAGCUGGGAGGCCUGGAAAAGGACAGCAGCUUUGGCGAGAGCCCCACGCUGAAGAAGCAGAGUGGCAUGCACCUGACCCUGCCUGAUGCCCACGAAGCAGACUCCGCAGGCUCUCGGCGGGCAUCAUCCAUCGCCGCCUCCCGGCUGGAGGAGGCCAUGUCAGAGCUGACCCUGCCCAGCUCAGUCCUGAAGCAGGGUCCCAUGCAGCUGUGGACCACGCUGGAACAGAUCUGGCUCCAGGCUGCUGAGCUGUUCAUGGAGCAGCAGCACCUCAAGGAAGCCAGCUUCUGCAUCCAGGAGGCGGCGGGCCUCUUCCCCACCUCGCACUCGGUGCUCUACAUGCGGGGCCGGCUGGCCGAGACCAAGGGCUGUUGGGAGGAAGCCGAGCAGCUGUACAAAGAGGCGCUGACGGUGAACCCAGACGGCGUGCGCAUCAUGCACAGCCUGGGUCUGAUGCUGAGUCAGCUGGGCCACAAGAGCCUGGCCCAGAAGGUGCUGCGGGACGCCGUGGAGAGGCAGAGCACCUGCCACGAGGCCUGGCAGGGCCUGGGUGAAGUGCUGCAGGCCCAGGGCCAGAGCGAAGCCGCCGCUGACUGCUUCCUCACCGCCCUGGACCUGGAGGCCAGCAGCCCCGUGCUGCCCUUCUCCGUCAUCCCCAGAGAGCUCUGAUGCUGUGCCAAAGCCACAGGGAGCCUGGAGCAGGCAGGCAGCGGGGAGCACAGGCCCAGGAGGGGCAGCGGCACUUUAGAUGACAGGUUCAGGGAAAAUACAUCUCUAGCAAACAACUCUGCAGGCUGCAGCCCCAGUCCUCACCUCCUGCCUCCACUUUCUCUCUAGAGCCAGCUGGGCCUGAGAGCUGUUGAUUUGGAGUUGGGUGUAAAUGCUUUGCAUCAAAAGCAAAUCUCUUACUCCUUGGCACUCUUAUAUUGUACCAUUUAUGGGCAAGGAAGCAGUGGGGAGGCCACAUCUGCAUGUCCCCCCUGCCUCCCACCGAGUUUCUGUGCAUCAUCUAAUUGUGCAUCAGGGUCUGUGUGUCUCCCUGUCCCCUUCUAGAAGCCUCUGUACCCUACCUGCCCUGCCCCAAAAUCCCCGACACCUGGAUUUCCCAACUUUAUGCACACUUUAGCCUCAAAGCACAGCUGUCUGCUCUCCAGUACCAAAGAUGAACACCACAAACUGCCUCUGCCUGAGCCAAGAGGACUUUCCCAGAUUCCCUCCUUGGGACCUUGGGAGACAGUCUGGCUUGAACCCUAAUUGACUUCAGAGUUGUGGUAACUAGACUCGCUCCCCAAGAGCCCAGGCUCAGGGCUUCACAGCUGUGCGUCAUACCCCCUUCCCCCAUGCCUCUGUGCCUUGAAGUUGGAGAGGCCAUCCCACAGUCUCACUUCCCAGUCUCAGGGCAGUCAUAGCUUGAAGAAUCUGCUGGCAAGUGGGAAGAGGGGGCAAUCUUUGGUUCCUCUCCCAGACUUUAAUUCAAUGGAUGAUACCUGGCAUUGCCCCUCUUUGCCCUCUGAGGCCAGUUGGGCUCCAGUGUGCUUUUCCCUUCUGCUCCCAAGUGCCUUUGGGGCCUCUGGUGUCUACCACAGCCACCGAGCACCACCCUAACUGAGCCUUCCAUUUCUGCCCACUAUUCCCCUGGAAACAAGUUCCAGCCCCAGGAGCCUCCUCAGGCCCCAGGCCAGUGGCCCCUCUUGGAGUGAUGGCUGUGGGAGUGGGCAGUCUCUAGGACUCUCCCCAGUACCUGUCACCCCCUGCAGCCCAUUUUUCACCCUGGUCCCCAUCCUGGAUAUUUGGCUCCCUUGCCCAGGGCCUCAUGGGGCUGGAGUUGGGCACUCCAGCCCCUUCCUCCUGAGGUUUGGCAGGCCUCUGGGCACAGGAUGGCCCUAUCUGCCAGGUCAAGGGGCUGUUGGGCCGUGUCUGCCCCACAGGCUCCCCCGGCCCUGCUGGGUGAUGGGCUUGGAGCCCAACCCUGGGCAGCUGGCAGGGAAUUCCCUUUUUAUCUGCACUAUGGGUUUUCGUUUUAAAAACUCAUCAGGUACAGCUUCUCAUUUUAAGAUGUGUGGAAAGGUGGGGCUGGGCUGCCCUGGUUUGCCAUAGCCCGGCCUGUUCCUCAGAAGGAAGGGGCUGUUGGAGUCCCACCCUCAGCCCUGGCCCAGCACCAUGUGCCCCAACGCUCUUCCGAGGAGAGCCAGGGCUUCCUUGUCUUCCUGCCUGGCCGGGAAGCCCUGCAGCAGGACACUGGGUCCUUUGCCUCUUGGCUGAAGGCUCUCUAUGUGUGUAUGUGUGUAUAUAAAUAUAUAUAUAUAUAUAUAUAUAUAUAUAUGAUAGAGACCUAUUUUUAUUCAGGUAUUCUGUUAGGAAAAAAGUAAACAAGAAAAAGCAAAUGCUAUUGAUUUGCUUUGGGGUGCCUGGAGAUGCUGAUAAUCAAUUGUCGACAAUGGGAAAGACUCCAAAUGCACUUGGACUUAAAGCAUUUCCAUGCAAGAAGCCGCAGAGGGCUGGGCCAAGUUGCUGACACUGUCUGCAGAUUGAAUAAAGAGAUCCUUGAAGGAGAAGCAGGUUCUGA